AUGAGCGAGGUUGAAACUGAUGUACCGGAUCUUCAAGCGCGAGGCUAUGAGCUACCGUCCGCCGAGUCCUGUCGAGUCUACCGUCCAGAUUGCUAUGAGCAGAUGAUAUCGCAUUGCCCUGUUUCCCGAGCUCGCAGGGCCCGCGGGGUUGUGGAAGACCCACAGAUGAUCGACAACCCCGCCGCGUACAUGGAAAAGGCACCCUUUUACAUUGAAGCUGCCCUGAAAGAGCGUGCAGCUCCGGGUCAAUGCUCGAAGAAGGGUGCUUUCGAGGCUUUUUCUUCGCGGAAUCCAGCCGCAGACUCGAGCGAAGUGCAGGACUGCUUUAUCACCAAGCUGAAGGCGAGCCGGCGAGCUGGUGCGAGAGGCAAACGUGAAUCAAGAGGAUUCCGCACAGGUGGAGCCUCCAUGUUCACGGACAUGGCGCUGAGCGACCAGCUUCAGGAGGAGUACAUGAAGGGCUCGCACUCCGGUUCUCCGGGUGGCGUAAUCCACGAGGUUCGAGUGCUGCAAACCAAUGCCUGGCCCGAAAAGGCCGACGACGCGCCUGUUAUUCCCUGCCCGGAGAUGACCACCUGCAUCACGGCCUACGAAGCUUUCUACAACUCGAAGCACAACGGCCGGAAGUUAAGGUGGAUCUACAACAUGGGUAGUGUGGAGCUGAAGUGCUACGGGCUGGCCAGGCCCCAUAUCUUGGUGGUAUCGGCCUAUCAGUGUCUCGCACUGGUUCUCUUCAACAAAAGGCAGCAGGUGACGCUGAGGGAGAUAUGCGAGGCGACCAAGCUUCCGGAGGAGGAAUCUCGACGACAGGUGACCUCCUUGACAGUUUCCCGCCACAAGGUGCUCCUGCACGAUGCGACAGGCAAGGACCUCGGCAGUGAGACGAAGCUCCAGGUGAAUGACAAGUUCAGCAACGACAAGGUGAAGGUUGCGGUGAGCCUCAUCAAGAAGGAGGAGAAAGCGGAGACCACGACACUGGCCGAGGCGCCGGUGGAGCGCAAGCACGUCAUCGACGCUGCCAUUGUUCGGAUCAUGAAAUCCAGGAACAGGCUGGAACACAACUCGCUCUUGGACGAGGUCUUCAGACAAUGCACUCUCUUCAAGCCACAGCCAGCGCAGAUCAAGAGCCAGAUCGAGCACUUGAUUGAGAGAGAAUUCCUGAAGCGCGACGAUGCCAAUCGCAGCAUCUACCUUUACCUGCGCAGGUCCGAAAUUGCGCAGCAAGCGCAUGGCGAAUGCGUGCAGAAGGCGUGCAGCGAAGGCCGCGAGGCCACGAACUUGCAGGUGGGGUGCGCGGCUUUUCCACCCGGCCUGCACUUCUUCAUUCUAGAGCAGCACCAACUAAAACGGGAGGAGAAGAUGGCCGCACUUUUGGAUGCCAAGACCGCAGGACUCAUGCAGUACAUGCUCCUCGGAGAGCACUGCUAA